UAGAAUUUAUUCCAUUCCAAUUAAAUCAAAUUUAUACAUAAAUUGUCUGUUUAAAAUUCGAAACCAAACAUAAAAUUUUGUCAAAUUUAAAACUGAGAUCGAGUAGAAUGUAAAUCAAUUCUGUUUGAUUAAUUAAAUAUGUCAAAUCAAUCUACAACAAUGUAAAUAUUUGGUAAAUUGUCCAACCUGGAAUCCAUCCCGAAGUCCAAACUUGUGACUGUAUAUCAUGAUCUCUUUAGCUUCUCUGCAAUUUCUUGAUCUUCCACGAGAAUGGCAAAUAAUGCCAAAAAGGAGCCCCAGAACGCGCCCCAAUCCGAUCAAUGGUACACACUCUCUCUCGGCCCUUCCUUCAAUGACGAUACCUCUAACAAGUACUGCACUCUUCGAUAUGAAUUUAAGCCGGCGUCGAUCGAUAAGACAAAACCGGGAUCGUUGAAUAAGAACAAAGACAAUAGAGUUUCCUUGGAGUUCCAAAACAGUCAGGCUGGGAAAUCGAAUGUGGCCUUUGAAGGAUGUAGCGAGGAUUACAAGGAGAACGAUGCCGUUUUAUUUUUCGAUGGUGAGACUUUCCGGUUGGAGCGGCUUCACCGGGCUGUCAAUCGGCUUAGGCGGCUCCGGGUGCCGGGUGAAUCUGCGCCGGCAGGAGAGUCUCGGCUAUCUCCAGCUGGAAAGUCUUCGAAGUCAGUGAAUACAGGUCGGAGCACUAUUCCUCCAGUGCCGGUGGAGGUGGAACGAAUUGAUAUUGGAGAGCCAGAGAUUCCAGGUGCAAAUGGAGCUGGUAAGGGAGUUGCUGAAUCUCUGUCUGAUCAACCAAACGUAUCUGCUGCCUCACCAGGUCCUAAGAAUGAUGCAACCGAGGAUCAUCAAGAUAUAGAUAUUGAAGACCUCUUUGGUGCUGCCUUACCAGUUGAGGGGAACCGAGAUGAGCAGAAUGUUGAUGUUGGGUUUGACAUGAAUGCACGGCAUAAUAAUGACACUGAUGAUGAGAUUGCUGAUGUAGAUGAUAGUGGUGAUGAAGCAGACAAGGGUCGUAAUGCUGCAGAAGCACUGAGAGCCCAGAUGGAGGCAGUGGAGAGGGAAAAACAAACUUCAACUUCAACCGGUAGCAGUGGAAGCAGCAGUGGUAGUGGAAGCAGCAGCAGUGAUAGUGAAGGCAGUGAUGGGGACUCGAUCAACUCCAUCUGAGAGAUUGGCUGAACUAUCAAAGCUGUCUGAAAAGCACUCUUAAGACUAUUCAGUAAUCCAAGAUCAUACCAGGUCGUUCCGAUUUUCUUUAGGGUGGAUCCAAUGCAUGAUGCAACCUUGUCGUGAAUCAUAUAAUUUACAAUCUGAUUUACCAUAUCUCCCUAUGUUGUUGCUCUGAUGACAGUUUUCCUACAAGAUUGUGAAAUAAAAUAUGAAAUCAACUAUAUUAUUGCAGCUGUAA